AUGGGGCAUCCUCCUCUGGAGUUUAGCGACUGCUACUCGGACAGUCCCGACUUCAGGGAGACGCUCAAAUGCUACGAGCUGGAACUGGACAGAACGAGUAAAUUUCUCAAAGAGUUGAUAAAAGAUGGCAAUAAUGUUAUCAACGCAAUCAAAGGCUAUUCUCUGGCCGUUCAGAAGCUCUCUCAGACUCUCAGCGGCUUCCAGUUUGACUUCAUUGGUGACUCCUUGACAGAUGAUGAGGUUAACAUCGCUCAGUCGUUCCAGGAGUUUGCGGGACUUUUGCAGGAAGUGGAGCACGACAGGAUGAUGCUGGUUCAGAACGCUUCCGAUUUACUCAUCAAGCCUCUGGAGAAGUUCAGAAAAGAGCAGAUAGGAUCGACAAAGGAAAAGAGGAAGAAAUUUGAAAAGGAAGGUGAAAAAUAUUACUCCCAGCUGGAUAAACACCUCAAUCUAUCUGCUAAGAAGAAGGAGAGUCAACUUCAAGAGGCUGAUGAAGUCCUAUGCAAAGAGCGGGUUAACUUCUACGAGUCCUCUGUGGAAUAUGUGUACCAGAUCCAUCAGGUCCAAGAUAAGAAGAAGUUUGAUGUGGUGGAGCCUGUGUUGGCAUUUCUCCACAGCGUUUUGACCCUCAACAACCUCACAGUGGAGAUGACGCAGGACUUUAUGCCCUACAAGCAGGAGCUGCAGCUCAGCCUGCAGAAUACAAGGAACCACUACGAGAGCACUCGCGAAGAGAUGGAGGACCUCAUGAAGCGGAUGAAACAGUCGUCUCAGAUCUGCAAAAGGCCCAGUUGGCUGCCAAUGGCGGGCUAUCUGUAUUGUCAGGAGAAGUGGGCCCUGGGCGUGACCUGGGUCAAGUACUAUUGCAAGUAUCACACAGAGGGGAGACUGCUGCUCAUGGUUCCUUGUGAACAGAAACCCACCACCAAGCAGGGCCCCAGCCAGCUGACCCUGAAAUCCUGCAUCCGCCGGAAGACGGAAUCCAUAGACAAGCGCUUUUGUUUUGACGUGGAAGUUAACGAAAGAAACGCGCCGGUUACGUUCCAGGCUCUUUCGGAGGGAGACAGGAAGUUGUGGUUGGAGGCCAUGGAUGGAAAAGAGCCUAUAUAUCACUCUCCAAUUCACAAGCAAGCAGAAAUGGAACUCAAUGAUAUUGGAUUCAAGUUUGUGCGGAAGUGCGUUAACUAUGUGGAAGAAAAGGGAGUGGCACAAGAGGGCGUGUAUCGAACGGUUGGCAGCAAUAUUCAAGUGCAGAAGCUCCUAAACGCCUUUUUCGAUCCUGCCAACCCUGGAGACGUGGACCUACACAGUGGGGACUGGGACAUUAAAACCAUCACGAGUGCGAUGAAGUUCUAUCUAAGAAGUCUGUCUGAACCGCUGAUGACCUACGAUUUGCAUGGAGACCUCAUGCUAGCUGCAAAAUCGGACAGUUUGGACUCCCGACUGAGCGAGAUUCACUCACUUACCCACAAACUACCCGAGAGGAAUCGGGAUAUGUUGGAGAUGCUUCUCAAACACUUGGUGGCAGUGUGCAGUCACAGCCAAGACAACUUGAUGACGCCGUCAAACAUGGCCGUCAUCUUCGGACCCACGCUGAUGAGGGCCAGGGAGGAGACGGUGGCCGCCAUGUUGGACAUCAAAUUCCAAAAUAUCGUUGUCGAAAUUCUGAUCGAGGAGUACAAAAAGAUUUUUAGUCACAUGCCCGAAGACGGCAACGCCCCGCCCGUCCCUCCUCCGCGCGUUACCCCGAGAAAGCGGCAACCCAUCACCAUCUCCAAGCGGCCGCCUCGUCUUUAUCCGCCUCUGAGUCCCGAGCGCUUCCUCCCUCAACAUCAGCAACAGCAGCAGCACCCUGAGAAUGGCCAGAGUAGCGAGCGUGUGGUGGAAGGCGACGUCUCGCCGAGCCCCGUUCCCCUGCAGAGGACCAAGUCUUCCGUAUGCGCUCCACUGGUUCCUCGAGAACCUCCUCGCAAGCAAGUGCCGCUCUACCGAUCUAAGACUGACUUUGCGGAAAGGUCGGAGUCUUCUUCGCUGGCAAACGGAGACGGUCGAGCGGCUUCUUUCCAGGCCAGAAAACCUCUUCCGAAAGGAGAUGGUGAGGGUCUGAGCAGAGGUGGCAGGAUCCCCCCCAUUUGCAGACCCCCGGUUAGGCCUCCCGAACCCCCUUCCAGGCAGCCGUCUCUCAAGCUACAAAGUCCAGCCGUCAACGAAGGAUCCGCCGCGUCCUAUGUUGCUUCGAAAGCCAAAUUUUUUGAGAAUGCCUCGAGACAAGUCAGCAGAAUGCAAGCUGAACGCAGCAUUACGGAAGGCGACAAGAAAGCGCCGGCCCGUGAUCGGUAA